UCUAAAUUGUUAUUGAUUAGUGUGGCGGGAACUAUUUUAGAAGAGCAAUAACAGUUUCACAGCACACUGGGAUUAGAUACUAAUUACUAAGUCGUUGACUAUUUAGAAGGCAAUGUCCACAUGUGGGGAAGAGAGUGAGUCCUGGACUUCAGAGGAGGAAGACGAAUUUGACUCAGAGGCAGUUUGUGACACAGAGGAUGGUGGGGGCUGGGAUAACGAUUUCUACUCCUACGCAUCCUUUCAGGAUGAGGAGUCUGAGAGUGACUACUGCGACACAGAUGAAGAGCAGGAACAAGAGGAAUUUACAAAACCUUCACAGCCACCAGGUGAUGCCAACAGUGGAGAGAGUCCAAUUGUGGUUGACUCACAAGGUGACAACACGUCAGGAGCAGCACCUAAAGAUGAAGAAGGAGCAGUAUCUGAAGAUGAAGAACAAGAAUCACACAAUGAACACAUGUCAGGUGAUGAAGAAUAUGGUGGACGUAUAGCCAUGUCUGAAAAGUGUCUGAUGUCUGUGACUAAACCGUACAAAGCAUCCAAAACUUCGACAUUUAAAAAAUAUCAUAGUGAGGGCACUCAGACACAAUUUGACUUCCUGCUGCAUGACGACUUCUCUUAUGAGAGUGAGGUGCCAGAGACUGCAUGGUAUUCCUUAACAGAUCUCAUAUUUAACAGAGAUGGCUAUGGGAUUAUAAACUGGUUCAAGAACAGAAAAAUAUCUGCCAGUACUAAAAGAACAAUUGGAAGUGCAGUGGACUCUCCUCUGAAAAUAGCAGUUCGUGCUGGGAGCGUUGUGAUCUUUGACUACCUCUGUGGACAAGGUUUUCCUUUUCAUCCAUCUUGUCAUCCAUUCUUUGAAGCAACAAAGAAGGCAGCUUGCCCCAUCUUAAGAGAAUGUUGGACAUAGGAGUUGACAUUAACAUAUCUGAUGAUGAAAAUAUGACAGCUCUGCACUUGGCAGCCAGAGAACCAUAUGACUAUUCUCCAAUCAUCAAAUUCCUUGUCGCACAUGGUGCUAAUGUUGGCAAAGUUGACGAGUUCGGAGCAACACCAAUAUUUCGGGCAGUCAUGAGUGGCUCCGAAGAAAACAUCAAUUGUCUCAUCGAGGCAGGUUCACCUAUGAACAAGCAGAACUUUGAAGGAAGGCCAAUCCUUCAUGCUGCUGUGUUACGUGGUUUUAAGAUGGUGAAGCGAUUGUACAGAGCAGGAGCUCGUCCCGGGACAUCCCCAAUCUAUGAUGAAGUGCGGGCUGCAGUAAGAGGUGGAAACAUCAACAUCCUGAGAUACCUCAUCAGGAAGAAUGCUCCUCUAAGAACAAAGUCCUUCAAGGAGAACCUGACCACCUUGUGUCAUGUCAUCACAUGCCCGGAUGUUGAUGUGGGGACAAAGAUGCUUGACAUGCUUCUGGCUGCAGGGUAUGAUGUUUCUGCAGAACCACACAUUGAGAAACAUGUCCCUCCCCAAUAUUUCAGAGGUCCCAGAGGCAAAGCCCUGAAGAUGAAGCUUGACUCCUUCAACACAAAUUUGAAAAGUCUGAAAGAGUUGUCCUGCUUGAAGGCUCGGCAAGCUCUGGGAACAUCCCUGCCAGAUAUGUUGAAGGAUGGCACUGUUCCCCCAGCCAUCAAGAACCAGCUCACCCUGAAGCAUGUGUGAAAUCAAGAAGGUUGCUGACAGUUGUCAUGGAUUGUUACGAUUUUAGAAGUUUUAACUGUUUUUUUAUUAAGUUUCAAAUGUUUGUCAUUAGCACAUUGCUGAAUGCUGAGAGAGGUAUGAUUGAGUUAUGUUGGCUGAUGUAAAACGAUCGGAUGGCCUCUAGUCUGCUGCACUCAUUUUGUGAUAUUUCAAAUUUUAUGUGAUGAAAUAAAGAUGUUCAACUAAUUUUUGACCAAU